AAACAAAGAGAGGAAGAAAGAUUAGUCACAAAUUCCUUUUGGUUUUCUAUCAAUAGCUUUCUUAUUAAAAAAAGAAAAGAAAAAAGCUGUGCCGUAGCCGACGCCCAACGUACCCAAGAAAACCCAGUACCUACUUGCUUUCAUUUUCUUACACUCGUCUGACAAACAAAUUCGCUCAGAUCUGAGAAGAACAACAAAAAGAAGAGAAACGAUCUGCUAAUCAGAAGAAGAAGAGAUAAAAAUAAAGAAAGAAGAAUUCCUGAAAAUGGCGGUCGAAGAUGCACCACCGUUGGAUGAUAAAGCAAAGAGAAUGAGAGAUUUAUUAUCAAGCUUUUACUCCCCUGAUCUUUCUUCUUCCUCAUCUUCCACAAUGGCUGCUAAUGCUGCUGCUGCUGUUGCUAAACAAAAUUCACUCGAAUCUAUUAAUUCUCCUUCUUUUGAUCCAGAUCAAUACAUGAAACUUUUGAUCCAUAAAUCAAACCUGGAGGGACUUCUUCAAAGACAUGUUGAAAUGGCUGCCGAAAUAAAAAAUCUUGACACCGAUUUGCAAAUGCUAGUAUACGAAAACUAUAACAAGUUUAUUAGUGCCACCGAAACAAUUAAAAGGAUGAAAAAUAACAUUGUCGGCAUGGAGGUCAACAUGGAGCAGCUUCUCGAUAAGAUCGUGUCUGUGCAAUCUAAAAGUGACGUGGUCAAUACAUCUCUUUUCGAAAAGAGAGAACACAUUGAGAAAUUGCAUCGAACGCGCAAUCUUCUUCGGAAAGUUCAGUUUAUAUAUGAUCUUCCUACUCGACUUGGGAAAUGUAUCAAAUCAGAAGCUUAUGUUGACGCCGUUAAGUUUUAUACCGGAGCCAUGCCAAUUUUUAAGGUAUAUGGUGACUCAUCCUUCCAGGAUUGCAAGAGAGCAUCUGAGGAAGCAAUGGGUACAAUCAUAAAGAAUCUUCAGGCAAAGCUUAUGUCAGAUUCUGAACAUAUUGAAGCGAGAACAGAAGCUGUACAACUUCUUAAGCAAUUGGACUUUCCGGUUGACAGCUUAAGGACAAGACUACUUGAAAAGUUACAGCACUUCGUCGGGGACCUUCAGCUUGAAGCUACUGUGGGGCAGACUACUGAAGUGGAUACCGAGCAGCCGAUAAAAGUUGGAAAGGCUACGGUACAAGAGUUCGCAGAGGCUGUUCGUGCUUAUCGGGUAAUAUUUCCUGAGUCAGAAGAGCAGCUCACUCAGCUUGCAAGAGAAUUGUUUAGCAGGCACUCGAAGACCAUUGAAUACCGAUUAAAGAAAAAGGUUACGCCGUCAGAUAUAUUGAAAAUGCUGCGAGUUAUUUGGAUGGAUAUUACGGUGAUGGAUGAAGUGUUGCCCGAGGCUGCUCUCCCAUUAUAUUCUCUUGAGGUUGCCAGAGAUGUUACGAGGCGAUAUGUGAGAUGCGCAUUCUCCCAUCUCCUACAAGACGUCUCAGAGGCCCUCAUGAGAGUACAUGCCAAGCCAAAGGUAGGGAUAGAGGAGGAUUGCUUGCAGGUUGCCCUGGAUGGAAGUAAAAGGGUUGUGAUUCAGGGAAGCAUGGACGUCCUACUGGGAUUUCGCCAGCUUCUUGAUGAUAACCUAGAGAUAUUAGUGAAGUUGAGGGACUCAAUCGUCGAUUGGGUACAAGAUGGUUUCCAACAAUUCUUCAAGUCACUUGAUGAUUACUUCCUUCGUAUUUCGGGAGGAAGUAUUCCAACUACUGAAGAUCAAGAUUCAGUAGACGCGACGAAGGGGGAGAAAGUUCUUGCCGGGCUUGUUCUUGUGUUGGCCCAACUUGCUGUUUUCAUAGAGCAAAGCGCCAUUCCUAGAAUUACGGAGGAAAUAGCUGCCUCUUUUUCUGGUGGAGGGGUUCGUGAUAAUGAGAAUGGACCUGCAUUUGUUCCUGGAGAGAUCUGUCGCACAUUUCGGGCAGCGGGCGAAAAGUUUCUCCAUCUAUACAUCAAUAUGAAAACUCAGAAGAUAUCUGUUCUUCUCAGAAAGAGGUUUACAACACCCAACUGGAUCAAGCACAAGGAACCCAGAGAAGUUCAUAUGUUCGUUGAUUUACUUCUUCAAGAGCUGGAAGCCAUAAGGAAUGAAGUAAAACAGAUUUUACCUAGAGGGCACGCCAGAAAACAUCGUCGGUCUGACAGCAACGGGAGCACUGCUUCGUCCCGUAGUAAUCCAAUACGUGAAGAUAAAAAUGUGCGAUCAAAUGCUCAACGGGCAAGGAGCCAACUUCUAGAGACCCAUCUUGCGAAGUUGUUCAAACAAAAGAUGGAAAUUUUCACAAAAGUCGAAUAUACACAGGAAUCAGUUGUGUCAACUAUGGUGAAACUUUGCCUCAAGAGCUUCCAGGAAUUUGUCAGGCUCCAAUCUUUCAACCGCAGUGGAUUUCAGCAAAUUCAAUUGGAUAUUCAGUUCCUAAGAACCCCUUUAAAAGAAAUUGCUGAAGAUGAAGCUGCCAUUGACUUCCUAUUGGAUGAGGUAACUGUUGCCGCAGCUGAGAGGUGUCUGGACUCAACCCCGCUGGAGCCUGCUAUCUUGGACAGACUUAUACAAGCGAAAUUGACCAGGGGAAGAGACCAAAACAACAACAAUUCAAUGCCUUCUGCUUGAUGAGACUUCUGCUUUGAUGAGAACUAGUAACACACAAGUAUAUAGACUCUUUUCGUUCUUACACUCGGUUCACUUCUUGUCUGUGUAGUGUAACUGUUAGAGUGCAACCGCAUCAACUCAUCCGUCUGUUAGUUUUACAGGAUUUGUUAAACGUGUUAUUUUUGUGCUUGCGGUCCUGUAACACCGACUGUAUCUCAGUGUAUAAAUAAUGUGUCUGUACUUUCUCUUUCCUGUUUGAUCUUUUCUAAAAUGUAACUAUGGUAAUAGGAUUUGAGUAUUCGACCCUUCAUUGAGAGAAAGUGUCAAUUUUAUAG